AUGUCUGCUCCCAACGCCAACACUCCCAACGAGGGCAUCGUCGGCCAGGCCGUCAACUCUGUCAAGAACGCCGCCAACUACGUCGCCGAGACCGUCCAGGGCCAGUCCGCUGAGGCCAACAAGGAGGCCAACAAGCAGCAGGCUAAGGGCAACGUCCCCGGCCAGGACUCCAUCACCGACCGUGCCUCCGGUGCCCUGAACGCUGCUUCCGACAAGAUGAACCAGGAGAAGCACGAGGGCUCCGCUGAGGCCAACAAGCGCUCCAUCUAA